UGUUUGGUGUUAUUGGGACAUCUAUGUUAAACACUGGUGAAGAAGCUCUGUAUGAUGCAAGUAUCAACCAAACAGUACCUGAGCUGGUGAAGUCCUGCAGCACAAGGUAGGAUCACUGACAGGUUUUCAGAUCACUUACUAAAGUAUUAGUAAAUGGCCUGUAUGUACGUAUAAAGCACCUUUCUAGUCUUGAUGACCAAUCGAGUGCAUUACAGUGCAGUUUAGCCACACACAUUCAUCUUAUGUGCAGCUAUCACACAUCACUCAUUACACAUCAUUUAGUUAAUGUUUUAACCAGAGCGACUUUCAAUUAGUGCAUUGAACAUCUAUGAUGGGCUUUUCGAGUUUCAGCAUCUUGCUCCAGGACACUUCAACAUGGGCUGGGAUUCGAGCCUUCAGCAUAUGGGGUUCAGUAUCUUGACCAAGGACACACAAGGAAUGGUGGAGACUGGGAUCGAACGACCGGCCUUCUGAACUUGGCAGUCAGACUGAAUUCAGUGAGAGAAGAGAACAUUAGAGACAGCUUGUUUAAGAAGGAAGGUUGAGAGAACUGAGGACUGAGGUGGUGACUGCAGGGUAACAAGAUGGCAGGGCGGGUUCUCUUGGCCCCGCUCCCUAUUCUUCUUGUCCUCCUUUUUGUCAUGGUGGAAGUGCUUCCUGUGGCCCACGGCUCUGGCUACCUGUCUGGAUACCGUCACAGGUCACGCCUGCAGAGGGACCGCCACUUUCGCAAUGUCCGACCCAACAUCAUCCUGAUCCUCACUGAUGAUCAGGACAUCGAACUGGGCUCAAUGCAGGCCAUGAACAAAACUCGGCAAAUCAUGGAGAAGGGCGGCACGCAUUUCUCCAAUGCUUUCUCCACCACCCCCAUGUGCUGCCCGUCCCGCUCCUCCAUCCUGACGGGGAAGUACGUGCACAACCACCACACCUAUACCAACAACGAGAACUGCUCCUCGCCGUCGUGGCAGGCCCACCACGAGCCGCACACCUUUGCCGUGCACCUCAACAACACUGGCUACAGGACAGCCUUUUUUGGAAAGUAUCUGAAUGAGUACAAUGGCUCCUAUGUGCCCCCUGGCUGGAAGGAAUGGGUAGCACUGGUGAAAAAUUCGCGCUUCUACAACUACACCCUCUGCAGGAAUGGAGCACGAGAGAAACACAGCGGCAACUACUCAAAGGACUACCUGACAGACAUCAUUACCAAUGACAGCGUCAACUACUUCCGUAUGUCCAAGAAGAUGUACCCCCAUCGUCCUGUCAUGAUGGUGCUGAGCCAUGUUGCUCCCCACGGCCCAGAGGACUCCGCUCCGCAGUACAGCUCUGCCUUCCCCAACGCAUCACAGCACAUAACCCCGAGCUACAACCAUGCUCCUAACCUAGACAAGCACUGGAUCCUGCGCUACACAGGGGCCAUGAAGCCGGUGCACAUGCAGUUCACCAACAUGCUGCAGCGCAGGAGGAUGCAGACCCUGCUCUCUGUGGACGACAGUGUGGAGAAGGUGUAUAACAUGCUGGUGGAGACGGGGGAGCUGGACAACACCUACAUCAUUUACACCUCAGAUCACGGCUACCAUAUCGGCCAGUUUGGUCUGGUCAAGGGCAAGUCGAUGCCUUAUGAGUUUGAUAUCCGGGUUCCCUUCUAUGUACGAGGACCUAAUGUGGAGCAUGGUGCCAUUAAUCCUCAUAUAGUGUUGAAUGUUGACUUGGCACCGACUAUGCUGGACAUGGCCGGUGUUGAUAUUCCGGCAGAAAUGGAUGGCAAGUCCAUCCUCAAGCUGCUGGAAACAGACAGACCAGUCAAUAGAUUCCAGUUGAGCAAGAAGGGUAAAACCUGGAGAGACUCUUUCCUGGUGGAGAGAGGGAAGCCUCCACACAAGAGGGCUGAUGGGAAGGAAAUGGCCCAGGAGGAGAAUUUCCUGCCCAAAUACCAGCGUGUGAAGGAUUUGUGCCAGAAAGCAGAGUACCAGACGUCCUGCCAGCAACCAGGACAGAAAUGGCAGUGUGUGGAGGACCCGUCUGGCAAGCUGAGGCUGUAUAAGUGCAAGGGCAUGGCGAGUCUCUUUGCCCCACGUAUGCAGGCUCUGAUGGCCAGCGAUGCCUCCCAGCUGUCCCUCACACCCAAUGCAGACAGCUGCAACUGUGGUGACGUGGGCGUCAAAACAUCAAUUCUGAAGAGGAAGAGGCUGCUCACCAAGAAGAAUUCUUCUGUCUCGUCUUAUUCAGAGAUGAAAUCCGGUAAGGCUGUCUCUAGGAAGCGCUGGGCUCGUUCCGUAUCAUUUGAGCUGGAUGGAGACCUGUACGCUGUGGACCUGGAGGAUGGCUACCGGCCGCUGGGAUCCAGUAACGGCAGCUGGCCCAGAGACAGGAGGACCGGAGCUGAGAAUGAUGAGGACAAUGAGGAGUUCAGUGGUAUGGGAGUCACAGCCAAACCCACCAGCAGCAACAGACUCACACCACCCGCUUCUCUUAAAGUCACCUACAGAUGCUCUAUUCUUAUGAAUGACACAGUAAAAUGUGAUGGCGGAAUCUACAAGUCCCUUCAAGCAUGGAAAGACCAUAAACUACACAUUGAGCAUGAGAUCGAAACACUGCAGACCAAAAUCAAGAAUCUGCGUGAUAUUAAAGGUCACCUGAAAAAGGUGCGGCCAGAGGAAUGUCAGUGUGACACUCCCAGUUAUAUCCUCAAGAAUAAAGACACUUUUAAGUUAAAUGCAGGACGCAUGCACUCACUGAGAAUGCCGUCCAAGCUAAAGAGUCAGUGGAUGGAGAAGGACCAGAAGCGCAGAAAGAAACUACGUAAAUUCCUCAAAAGGCUCCAGAACAACGACACCUGCAGCAUGCCGGGUCUGACCUGCUUCACCCAUGACAACCACCACUGGCAGACUGCCCCCUUCUGGACAAUGGGUCCAUUCUGUGCUUGUACCAGUGCCAACAACAACACCUACUGGUGCCUCAGGACCAUCAAUGACACACACAACUUCCUGUUCUGCGAAUUUGCUACUGGUUUCCUGGAGUAUUUUGACAUCAACACUGACCCAUACCAGCUGAUAAAUGCUGUCAGCACCCUCGACCGCAGCACUCUGAAUGCAUUGCAUCAACAGCUUAUGGACUUACGAGGCUGCAAGGGACAUAAGCAAUGCAACCCGGAGAAGGGAGGGAAGGAGCGAAGCUACCUCAGCGAAUACAGGCCAGUUCAUCGUCGAAAGAGGCCAAAAGUGAAGAAGCCUUCGUCCAAAUCGCUGGGGCAGAUUUGGGAAGGGUGGGUCGGCUAACCACCUGCAUCCCACAACCAAGCACAUCAGCCUCCUCCGGUGAAGGAAGGAGAAGGGAGGGAGUGCAGGCAAAAACCCAAGGACCUUGACCACACUUCAAUGGACCAUAACCUGAGUUACAACUUUUCUCUACUCUGGGUUUUCAUUUUUGAGAGAGCUGCUGUUUGUAGCCCUCACCCAGACAGAGGAGACACCGAGACUGAGAGGAGGCUUAAAAACUCUUCAACCAUCAGUUCUACCUGCCGCACACAUUUCAUACACAUUUGCAUCCUCUGUUAACCCCCAGCUGUGAGGACUGUUAACAUCAGCAAGAUGCUGUGAAUCAGGUGGGGGCAGUUUGCUAUCCACGAGCCAUUCAGUCUAACGGUACUGCUUGUAGAUAAUAUAUAUCAGCUUUAAUCAGUUUUCUUUCAUGUCAUGAGAUGUAAGGUGGCAACGUGAUGAUACAUGUCAACUCUGCUGCUACGCAAUGAAGCCAUGGCCUCAUGAUGUCUCUGUGGCACAUGCUUAACCAUUACUGCUUGGACAUAUCUCUUCCUCUUUCCUCUGCACCAACGUGUCUGCACAUGGAGGUGGCACAGACUUUUCAAACAGCCGCCAGUAACCGACUCUUCGAAUCUUUUUGUAUUAUAGUCGAUCUUAACGCUGAUGAAUGUCCUUUAAAAGCAUCAUCUUCCUCAGCGCUGUGAGAUGUGGAGACCGCCACACCUUGUACAGCCCUACACUAACCACAGUCCCACAGUAAUACAACCCAAACCUCCAGAAGAUGGGUCCACUGGCAGAAUGCGUCAUUACUAGUAAAUGCCGUUUUACUCCUUUGCGUUGUCAGUACCACACUGUAGAAGUAUCCAAAAAGUGUGUUCAGCUUGCCAUACAUGGUGCUACAGAAUAACAACACAUAUACAAAACCUUGCUGUACAGUACAGUACGUAUUUGAAUGUAUGUUGUGCAAUUAAUAUAAAUGUUUACAAUAUUUUUUAUAAUACUGAAGAGGCAGACCUCAUUGUAUGAUAUGAGCUGACAAGAUGAACUUAUAGUAAGAAAUGUAGCUUGAGAAUGUCAUUGCCCUCAAUUUGUAUGUUUUGUUCUUUCCUUAUUUACAUUGGAAAAGCACUUAAGGGGUUCACUGUGAAGAGAAGCGCCAUGUACAUUUCAAUGGAUGUUAAGUUUACCCUGUUCCGGAGGAGAAACACAACAGUGUCAUACUUAUUGAUGUGAAUCUUAGCUAGCUGCCUUUGUUAGCUUCUGUGACUUUUUUUAGCAACUACUUCCAUAGACCUGAGUGCUGAUAGUGAUUGUGAAUAAAGUGUUGUUUGACCAUAAA